AUGCAGAGCGCCGCUCUCGAGGCCCACAACAUUCACCGUCUGAACAACUCUGCCCCUGCCCUGGAGUGGGGUUCCGACUACGCCGGUUACGCCCUGCAGACCGCGCAGACUUGUGUCUUCGAGCACGACCUGACUCCUGGUGGCGGUGGCUACGGCCAGAACCUCGCCAUGUGGGGCGCCACUGAUGGCGACUCGCUCGGUGCCGCGAAGGCUGUCUCCCAGGCUACCACCAACAUGUGGUACAACGGCGAGCUGAACCUGUACUCGCCCAACUUCUACGGUGGUGAGCCCGACAUGUCCAACUUCAUGCAGUGGGGCCAUUACACCCAGGUCGUCUGGGUUGACACUACCACCCUCGGCUGUGCUGUCCACUUCUGCGAGAAGGGCACCAUGGACCCCAACAUGGGCGUGUGGUACACCGUCUGCAACUACUUCCCUGCUGGCAACAUGCAGGGUGCUUUUGCUAAGAACGUGCUGCCCCCCGGCAACGCGCCGACCGUCACUGCCUAA